AAACAACAAAAAAGAAGAAGCUUCUUAUCUGAUAGCAGUAAAAUCAAGGUUUUUGUUUGCUUCUCUGUGAUAUCAUAUAACCUCUAUUCGGUUUCUGCUUCCUGCGGUUGCUGAUUUUGGAGCCAUGAGUUUCAUCUUCGGAAAAAGAAAAACCCCCGCAGAAUUGCUGCGGGAAAAUAAGAGAAUGUUGGACAAAUCAAUUAGAGAAAUAGAGCGAGAGAGACAAGGAUUACAAUCACAGGAGAAGAAAUUGAUUUUAGAGAUAAAGAAAAGUGCAAAACAAGGCCAGAUGGGUGCUGUUAGAGUGAUGGCAAAAGAUCUUGUUAGAACAAGGCAUCAAAUUGAAAAGUUUUAUAAGCUUAAAUCGCAGCUUCAGGGCGUAUCACUCAGGAUUCAAACUUUGAAGUCAACACAAGCCAUGGGUGAGGCAAUGAAAGGUGUGACCAAGGCAAUGGGACAGAUGAAUAGGCAGAUGAACUUGCCAUCUUUGCAGAAAAUCAUGCAAGAAUUUGAGAGACAGAACGAGAAGAUGGAAUUGGUAACUGAGGUGAUGGGAGAUGCAAUAGAUGAUGCUAUGGAAGGGGACGAGGAAGAAGAAGAAACCGAAGAACUAGUGAACCAGGUUCUCGAUGAGAUCGGAAUUGACAUGAACCAAGAGCUUGUGAAUGCUCCGUCAUCGUCUGUUGCAGCGCCAGCUGCAAAGACUAAGGUGCCUCAAGUUGAAACUGCUGCGAAUGAUGAUGCCGGGAUAGAUAGUGAUUUACAGGCAAGAUUAGACAAUUUAAGAAAGAUGUAAUUUUGAUUCUGAUCCAGGGUCUCCAGUUUUACUGUGAAUGAUGGAGGUCGUGUGUACCAUACUACCCAUUUAGUAUAAUUGAAUUGAACAGAAGAUCAUGAACAAAAAGGGUUUUUAAAUAUUAAAUCCCCGAGUAAUUCUUGUAUAUGUUCCCACUAAUGCAUCAAUGCUGCAUCAUUUGAACAUUUUCCCCCCAUUCUUUUGACA